CAAUAUAAAGUAACUUGAUUUUAGCUUGCAUUUGAGCUUUCAUUCUUAUAAAAUAUUUUUUGCCUACAACACGUUGAGCACUAUUCUGAACGGAUAGAAAGAACGUAUAUUGUGAACUACUGAUUUGAAAGCAAGAACAAGGUUUGACAUUUUGUUUGUUAAAUAAAUUGAAGUAGUUUUUUUUUUAAAGGACAAUUUUUACGUGCAAUGGAAAUUAAUUUGGCACUUAUAAAAGCAGUUCAAAAGCAUCCAAUUUUGUAUAAUAAAACCGGUACGUUGGAGGAGAGAAAAGUCAUUUGGAAAAAACUCCAAUAUGAAUUUGCUACACGAGUGAGAUGGCUAAAAGCUCGCUGGGAUUGGUUGCUUCAAAGUUUCUGUGACAAGCCGGAGUUCAAAUAUGCGAAUGAUAUGUCCUAUUUGUUGCCAUAUUUCGGUAUUGAAGGUGUUGAAAAGAGAUGUGAAUGGCCAUUUGCUAUUUUACGGUCAUUAGACACGAUGGUGGAAUAUGAUAGUGAUUCUAGUGAUGAGGGCGAAAUGGAUAGUGACGGUUUUAGAAUCAAACGCGGUUACAGAAAUAACGUCAUAUGUCAGAAGGAAGCGAAGGAUGACGUAAACUAUUUUAAGAUUGUUGAAAAAGAAGUGUCCGUCAGAGUACUACAGUGUAACAACUCUGAUAAUAAGCAGCUAAAAUUAAUGGAUACAGCUAAGGUAAAUAAGGAUAAGGAAACUUUUGACGCAAAUAAGGAAGAGGUCGAAUCUGAAGACGUCGAAUCUGAGGAGGCCGAAUCUGAAGAGGUCGAAUCUGAAGAGGUCGAAUCUGAUGAGGUCGAAUCUGAAGAGGUCGAAUCUGAAGAGGAUGAUUCCGAUGAAAAUGAAUUAUUUGAUACCUCGUCCUCAUCUGAAGAGGAAAUAAUUGAUGUUUAACAAUUUUUUAAACUAAACUAGACUUAAACACUAAAAAAACGAUGUUGAAGAUAAUUGUAUGGUUUAAGCCAUAUAAUUUAUUUAAUUAAUACAUUGUA